AUGGAGCAUCCACUGUCACGACACGAGCGAAAAAGACAACAGGACAAUGUUAAUAAAGCUAAGGCUGUGCUCAGUGAAUCAAAAGGGAAAGGUAUAAUUGACAAGAAUACAUGGUGGUGGAAUGAGAAUGUACAAAGGGAAUUGAAAGAAAAGAAGAAUGCAUUCAAAAAGUGGCAACUAGAAAGAGGAAAUGAAUGUGAGAGGCAAGCUAGGAAGAAUGAGUAUAGAGAAUGUAAGGAAAAGGCCACUAAAGCGGUUGCUAUAGCCAGGUCUGAGCUCAGAAACAGUUGUAAAGUUCUAAUGAAAGAUGACGAAAUAAAAGAGCGCUGGAAGAUAUAUUUUGAAAAAUUAAUGAAUGAAGAGAAUGACUGGAAUAGGGUGAUUAAUAGGAAGCCAGAGAACGUCAGACUUGUGAAUGAGAUCAGACCAGACGGUAUACCAGUGGAAGUAUGGAAGAUAUUGGGAGAAGACGGAUAUAAGUGGCUGACUUUAUUCUUCAAUAAGCUGCUGCAAGAAGAAGUGAUCCCUACGGAAUGGUGCACCAGUGCACUGGUGCCCAUAUACAAAAAUAAAGGGGAUGUGCAAGACUGUGGCAGCUAUCGUGGAAUAAAGCUUAUGUCACAUAGUAUGAAAGUUUGGGAGAAAGUGAUAGAAAAGCGAUUGCGAGAUGAAAGUGAGAUCACCCAAAACCAGUUCGGGUUCAUGCCUGGUCGCGGGACAACGGACGCCACAUUUGCACUCCGCCAAAUGUGCGAAAAAUAUCGCGACGUGCCCAGGAAUCUGCAUAUGGUGUUCGUUGAUCUGGAAAAAGCGUACGACCGAGUACCUAAAGCAGUUUUGUGGUGA